AAACGUCGUUACGGUAAAAAAUCUCUUUAUAAUACAGUAGUGCUUACACACGUUCGGUUGUGGUUCAUACGUUUUGAUAAAAAUGUACAAUCUUUUUUCAUUAAUAUGUUUGUAUGCGUUUGGUCACCUUGCCAGUUCUACUUCAGUUCCGUUUAUAACAAAGUGUAAUUUGAACGACUCGAAAUGUAUAAAGAAAUCUACUCAAGCAGUUAUCCCUAUAUUCGCAAAUGGCAUACCCGACAUGGGAAUCGAAUCAUUGGAACCAAUGGAAUUGAAGAAAGUCGAUGCUUCGACAUCCAAUUUGAAACUCAUAGUCACAGACCUUUCUAUCGCAGGAAUAAAGAAUUGUAUAGCAAAGAAAAUACAAUUCGAUGACUCCAAACCGACUAAAUUUUUAUUUAAAAUUGAAUGUACUGCAGAUUUAAAGGGAAAUUAUGAAAUGAAUGGACAGUUACUUAUUCUCCCUAUACAAGGAAAAGGAAGAGUAACGGCAGUUAUCAGGAAGAUUGUUUUUACAAUUACCGGUGAAUAUGGAAAAAUUACUGGCAAAGACGGUGAAACACACUGGGACAUUACAAACUGGAAGCAUACCUUCGACAUUAAAGAGAAAAGUGAUUUAAAUUUCGAGAACCUUUUCAAUGGAAAUGAAGUAUUAGGAAAAACUGCCCAAGAAGUGAUCAACUCAAGCGCCAACGACAUACUUCUGGAAAUCGGCAUGCCCUUUACAACUGCGUUUAUAACAAAUAUAAUUUCUAAUGUCCAAAAAUUCUUCCACACAGUACCACUUAAAGAACUAAUAAAUUAAAA